AUGGCGCCUGCCGCAAGCGCAACGAGCAAGCCACAGCCGCAGUGGUCGACAAAAUUCGACACUCUCAGGCGACACGAUCUGUUCCGCAACCCGCCCAAGGACAAGACAGCCUACCCGACCCUCGCAGCCGCCGUCGAUCCCCACAUCAAUUCGUUCAACGCCAUCUUUGCUCCAGGCGGACAGCUGGCCGAGGGCAUACGAGAUAUUGGCACCAAGGUUUUCCUUGACGGCAACCCAUAUGCCACCCCCGAAGAGACAGGCCCCCGCAACAGGCUGCACCUGCGCAUACAAGAUGUCUUCCUCGACAAGCCUGUCCUGCCGCCCACCAACAAGGUCGCCCUCAAGAAUCGCAACAUUCUUCCCGCAGAGACUCGCGAACGACACGCCACAUACCGCGGCAAGAUGCGCGCGCGAUUAGAGUGGAGGGUCAACAAUGGCGAUUGGCAGGAAGAGGUUGUCGAUCUGGGCUCAAUCCCCAUUAUGCUCAAGUCCAAUCGCUGCCAUCUCGAGGGCCUCCCACCAGCGGCUCUCGUCAAGGCCAAAGAGGAGAGCGACGAGCUUGGUGGCUACUUCAUCAUCAACGGAAAUGAAAAAAUCAUCCGUAUGCUCCAGGUCAACCACCGAAAUUACCCCAUGGCCAUUAAGCGUGGCGCCUUCACCAAUCGCGGUCCUGGUUACACCCAGUUUGGUAUCCAACUCCGAUCGAUGCGACCCGAUCAAACAUCACAAACAAACGCUCUACAUUAUCUUAGUGACGGCAACGUCAACUUCCGCUUCUCAUGGCGCAAGGCUGAAUACCUCGUCCCAAUCUGCAUGAUCCUCAAAGCCUUGGUCGAAACGAAUGAUCGAGAAAUAUUCGAAGGCCUCGUAGGCGCAGCGGGCUCUGAAGGUCUCGAACAAAAGCAGUUUGUAACGGACAGAGUAGAACUGCUGCUCCGGACAUACAAGGUCUAUGGCCUACACUCCAAGGCAAAGACUCGCGCAUAUCUGGGAGAAAAGUUCAAGGUCGUUAUGCAACUACCAGCAGACGUCACGGACGAGGAAGCCGGCACUGAGUUCCUUCGGAAAAUCGUCCUUCCCCACCUGGGCUGUGUAAACGUCACUCCUGCUCAAGAUGCGGACAAAUUCCGUAUGCUUCUCUUCAUGACCAGAAAGCUCUAUGCUUUGGUCGAGGGUGACUGCGCCGUUGACAACCCAGACGCUGUCCAGAAUCAGGAAAUCCUACUAGGUGGACAAUUGUACGGCAUGAUCCUGAAGGAGAGGCUAGAAGAAUGGCUUAACAGCUUCCAGAUUGUUUUGAGAGAAUGGGGCAGGAGGACAGAGUACCGGCCUUUUACAUCACAAGAAUUCCACAAGGAUUGGUCUUCCAAGAUAUUGCGACGGACACAACUGGCUAUCGGUCAGGCUAUGGAAUACUUUCUCAGUACCGGUAACCUCGUUUCGCCGACUGGGCUCGAUCUACAACAGACUUCCGGAUUUAUCUCCCAUUUCAGAAUGGUGCACAGAGGUGCCUUUUUCGCGACACUCAAAACAACAACGGUUCGGAAACUCCUUCCUGAAUCUUGGGGCUUCAUGUGCCCCGUCCAUACCCCUGAUGGUUCUCCUUGUGGACUUCUCAACCACUUUUCGCACACGUGCAAGAUUGCGACAACCAAUCUAGACGUUUCAGCAGUCCCCAAACUUGUUGCGGAGCUAGGUGUAUCGAGCAAAUCGUCCGCUUCUCUUGAUGCAAGUGUGGUGGUACAGCUGGACGGUCGGGUGCUGGGCUUCUGUUCGCCAAAACAAGCCAAAAUUAUCAGCGAUACGCUACGUUACUGGAAGGUUGAAGGUUCGCACGGUGUGCCGGUCGAGAUGGAGAUUGGUUACAUUCCAAACUCAAACAACGGUCAAUAUCCGGGAGUCUACAUGUUCUCGCAGUGCUCGAGAAUGUACCGACCUGUCAAGUACCUGCCUCUCAACAAACUGGAUUAUGUUGGUCCGUUUGAGCAGCCCUACAUGUCCAUCUCUGUUACGGACGCCGAGAUUGUAUCGGGAGACUCAACUCACGUUGAAUUUGAGCCGACCAACAUCUUCUCCAUCAUCGCCAACCAGACUCCGUUCUCCGAUUUCAACCAAUCACCAAGAAACAUGUACCAAUGUCAGAUGGGAAAGCAAUCGAUGGGUACACCAGGAACUGCCAUGAGAUACCGAACAGACAACAAAACCUACCGCUUACAAACUGGUCAGACUCCUAUUGCCAGACCUCCAUUGUAUAAUGAGUAUGGAAUGGACAACUUUCCCAACGGAAUGAACGCCGUUGUGGCCGUUAUUUCUUAUACUGGUUACGACAUGGACGAUGCUAUGAUUCUGAACAAGUCAUCACACGAGCGCGGGUUUGGGCACGGUACUGUCUACAAGACCAAGAUUUUAAAUCUCGAGGAAGGAAACCGCAAGAGUCGAUCGAAUAAGUCGAUAGCCAAGCUUUUUGGCUUUGCGCCUGAGGGUCUCAUCAAAGCAGAGUCUAAGGAGACUCUUGAUAUUGACGGCUUACCUCGUAUCGGGACCAUGUUGCGGUCUGGCGAUCCCAUCGCAGCUUUCCACACUGUCUCAUAUGAUGCAGCUACUGGCGACUACGUGAACCGUGAUGGACAGACUCAGUUCCUCAAGUACAAGGAGGACGAAAUCGCUUUCGUUGAGGAAGUCCGCGUCAUUGGCUCAGAAGACGGUACCCAGCCUUGCCAAAAGGUCUCAGUCAAGCUGCGAACGCCGCGUUCUCCCGUUGUCGGAGACAAGUUCUCUUCCCGUCACGGUCAGAAGGGUGUCGUGUCUCAGAAGUUCCCAACCACUGACAUGCCGUUUUCCGAAUCCGGCAUACAACCAGAUGUUAUCAUCAACCCCCACGCUUUCCCGUCCCGUAUGACAAUCGGCAUGUUUAUCGAAUCACUGGCUGGAAAAUCUGGAGCGCUCCACGGCAUGGCGCAGGAUUCAACGCCGUUCAAAUUCGAUGAACAGAACACGGCCGUCGAUUACUUUGGUGCCCAAUUGAAAGCCGCAGGCUACAACUACUAUGGAAACGAACCAAUGUACUCUGGAAUCACCGGCGAGGAACUUUACGCUGAUAUCUAUAUUGGAGUAGUAUUCUACCAACGUCUUCGUCACAUGGUCAACGACAAAUUCCAAGUCCGAAGCAACGGUCCGUCAAACGCACUAACGGGCCAGCCUAUCAAGGGUAGGAAGAAGGGUGGUGGUAUCCGUGUCGGAGAAAUGGAGCGUGAUGCUCUGUUGGCCCACGGCACAGCCUUCCUGCUCCAGGAUCGACUGAUGAACUGUUCCGAUUACACCAAAGCCGCCGUUUGCAGAACAUGUGGCUCCUUCCUCAGCACCACACCUACUGUCAGCGAAUAUGGACGCAAAAAGGACAGAAAUGGCAAGGACGUUACUAUUCGUUGCAGACGUUGCGCCAAGCUUGCUGAUAGCAACGAUAACGACGUUUGGAUGGACGCUCAGGGCUUGCGCUACUCCGGUGGCGAAGAUGUCGCGAUCGUGGCUGUGCCUGGUGUCCUCAAGUAUCUUGACGUUGAACUGUCCAGUAUGGGCAUCAGACUCAAGUACAACGUGGAUCCUUAG